UACCAUCAGACCCGAGUUCGGUUGGACGACGCAACUGCCCCGCGUUUACCCCGACAGCUUCCUCCAACAGCCCCCUUCCGAUUACUCGCAGCGAUCUACCUGAUCAAAGACGGGAGUGUGGUCAACAAACCGCAAAACCUAUCACUCCAGCACACUCGGAACAGCCAAUACAACAGCAAAUAGAAACCGACCUCCAAGAUUACCACCCAAAAUGUCCACCGCCGAUCCCCCGACCACAGCUCCGGCCUUCAUCCCGCUCGAAGCCAACCCGGAGCUCCUGACCUCCCUCCUGCACCAACUAGGCCUCUCACCAGCGCUCUCCAUCCACGACGUCUACUCGCUCACCGACUCUGCCCUCCUCGCCUUCAUCCCGCGUCCGGCUUUGGCGCUCCUCCUCGUCUUCCCUGUCAGCGCCGCCUACGAGUCGCACCGCCUGGCCGAGGAUGCGCUGCAGCCCGAGUACGCCGGCAAGGGCGAGGCCGAGCCCGUCGUGUGGUACCGCCAGACGAUCCGCAACGCGUGCGGGCUGAUUGGGCUGCUGCACGCGGCGAGCAACGGGGAGGCGAGGGGUUUCGUGCAGGAGGGGAGCGAGCUGGACAGGCUUAUGCGCGAGGCGCUGCCGUUGGCGCCGGCCGAAAGGGCACGGUUGCUAGAGCGGGACGAGGCGCUUGCCACGGCGCAUAGGGGGGUGGCGGAACAGGGGGAUACGACGGCGCCGGAUGCAAGGGAUGAUGUGGAUUUGCACUAUGUGUGUUUUGUGAAAGGGGCGGAUGGCGGGUUGUGGGAGUUGGAUGGGCGGCGGAAAGGGCCACUGAGGAGGGGGGAUUUGGACGCGGCUGAAGAUGUGCUGAGCGAGAAGGCGUUGGCACUGGGGCCGCUCAAGUUCCUGGAGAGGGAGGCGGCGGAUUUGAGGUUCAGCUGCGUUGCGCUGGCAGGGAGCUUGGAUUGAGUGUGGCGAUAAUGGGAACAUGGUGGUGGCACUCUGGAACGUGUUCAGGCAAUCCGCGUAAUGCACAGUGUCGGACCGCUCGAUACUUGUUCCGGCCCCCUUAUCCAAGCCAUCUACACAAGGUAGCCAUAUCACCGGGUAUCAAGUCCGUGUAUCCGUCCCCCGCCAUGG